GAGCGGGCCGGGCCGGCGGCACUUCCGGCGGGCGGGGGCCUGGGGAGCCGAGCGGGCCGGGCCGGGCCGGCCCCGCCAUGGGCAUCCUGGAGAAGAUCUCCGAGAUCGAGAAGGAGAUCGCCCGGACGCAGAAAAACAAAGCCACCGAGUACCACCUGGGGCUGCUGAAGGCCAAGCUUGCCAAGUACAGGGCUCAGCUGCUGGAACCCUCCAAGUCCUCAGCUGCCAAAGGAGAAGGCUUCGAUGUGAUGAAAUCUGGAGAUGCCCGGGUGGCUCUGAUUGGUUUCCCUUCUGUGGGUAAGUCCACAUUUCUGAGUCUGAUGACCUCGACUGCCAGCGAAGCUGCGUCCUACGAGUUCACCACCCUGACCUGCAUCCCAGGAGUCAUAGAAUACAAAGGAGCCAACAUCCAACUACUGGAUCUGCCAGGAAUCAUCGAAGGAGCAGCACAAGGGAAGGGCAGGGGUCGGCAGGUGAUCGCUGUGGCCAGGACAGCAGACGUUGUCAUUAUGAUGCUGGAUGCCACCAAGGGUGAGGUACAGAGGGCCCUGCUGGAGAAGGAACUGGAAUCGGUUGGAAUCCGGCUGAACAAAAGCAAACCAAAUAUCUACUUCAAGCCGAAGAAGGGUGGAGGCAUCUCCUUCAACUCAACGGUCACGUUGACUCAGUGCUCUGAGAAGCUGGUGCAGCUCAUCCUCCAUGAGUACAAAAUCUUCAAUGCUGAGGUCCUUUUCAGAGAAGACUGUUCCCCUGACGAGUUCAUUGACGUGAUUGUAGGCAACAGGGUCUACAUGCCAUGCCUCUACGUCUAUAACAAGAUUGACCAGAUAUCCAUGGAGGAAGUGGAUCGCCUGGCUCGGAGACCCCACAGUGUUGUCAUCAGCUGUGGUAUGAAGCUGAACCUGGACUACUUGCUGGAGAAGCUCUGGGAGUACCUGGCUCUUACCUGCAUCUACACCAAGAAACGAGGACAGAGACCAGACUUCACGGAUGCCAUUAUUCUACGGAAAGGGGCCUCUGUGGAGCAUGUGUGCCACCGAAUUCACAGAUCAUUAGCCAGCCAGUUCAAGUAUGCCUUGGUGUGGGGCACAAGCACAAAAUACAGCCCCCAAAGAGUGGGCUUAACCCAUAUGAUGGAGCAUGAAGAUGUCAUUCAGAUUGUGAAGAAGUAACCCUUUCUGCUGGUGCCUGGCCUUGUCUUUAAUCACUAGAAUUGGAACUGACCACGUAAAAGCAAAACAAACAACAACAACAACAAAAAAAAGGAGAGGGGAAAAAAAAAGAAAAAGAAAUAAAGAAAAAAGGAGACAUGUUCCACAGCCAAGAAAGCUUCUGUGAAGCUCCUUCUCUUGGAGAAAGGCAGAAAAUGUGGCUACUGUGCUUGCAGGUGGGGAUGGGGAAGAUGGGUUUCCACCUUGCAGGUGAAUUAAUAUAUCUUCAAAAAGGAGCCAGUUGUCCUAGGACACAAUUUCCACAUCUGGCAGCAUCCUGCCACUGGCAGGGGUUGCCCAGAGAUCCAUGGGGUUAACCUGCCAGUGGCUUGUUUAACCAGAGGGAGGUUUAUGGGUUUAUGUGAACAAAUCUGGCCCCUGUGCUUUGGGACAGGGAAGCCAGGGCCGAGAGAAUGUGGCUGAUGCUUGGCCUCUUAUCCAUACACUUAAUUUAAGUAUUGAUGUGAAGCAGAAGCAAAUCUCCCUCUCCCCUGCUCAUGGGGCACAGUGUCUCUGCAGCUUCCACCCUUGGAGACUUCAGGCUUGGCAUCUGAGUCAACCCCUGAUGAAUUUAUCACUGUCCCACCUCAAUUAACAUUAGAAGGUGGCAUAGAGUGCCACUCUCCUUAGCUCUGCACUGGGUGUGCAGGACAUCCUGGUCCAACUGGUACUGAAAGAGAUGACAAAUGUAACUUCAUUAAGGAAUAAUGAACCUGACCAAACUGUAGCAGGUACGAUCCAAGAGCCACAGGCUGCAGUGAGGAUUCCUUGCUGGCAUGUCACUCCUCAAGGAGCUCUCUUGGGAGUUUGCUUCUUUGCUCUUGUCCUGUCCAUGGGUAUACCCAAAGGUAUUGCUGGGGAUCUGCUUCUUUCUCAGUCAUGCCCCUAAAUUCCAGUAACAGCUCGUUGAGCUCCAAGCACCAUCCCAUGCCAUGGGUUUUCCCCCAGCCCUGUUCAGAUGUUGUUGCUUGUCUGGAUAUUUUUCAUCAGAAAUCUGGGAUUUUUUCUAAUCAUGCUUUUUCAUUGAACACUGACACUAAACAGUUCAGAGUGCCUGAUAGAGAACAGCUCUUUCCUUCUGCAAUCAAGAGUUGCCAAUAGCUUUUAUUUUCUUUCAUUGGAAAAGGGUUUGGUCUGAGGUGGAUUCUUAACUGUGAGGAUGGGUCUGAUCUCAACCUUUUCUGCAGGGCUCCUUCCCUCCCCUCUCUGCUCCUCCCCACCCGUCACAACCUGAUUGAGCAGAAAUGGAAGGAUUAUUUUAUUUGAGAAAAUAAAAGUUGCUAUUUCAUGUGAA